UUGAUCAAAUUGGUGAAAUCACAAGAGAGUGGAAAUGGCAAGAUGGAGUCGUUUCGACGUUUGUAAUGCGGUUCGUACGGGUAAUGCAACGCGACAAUUUAAUGUACAAAAUCGUAAGUGAUCAAAUGAACUAAACCAGCAGCGCUUCGAGUGAAGAGUGCAGAAAACUGAUCGGAAUACCCGAAAAACACGAAGAGGAAGUUCCCACACCGACUCGACUGCUCAUGCGAUGGUUCUAUGAGAUGAGCAGCAAAGAAACGAUAUGUUCCGCCUAAAGCGAUGGAUUCAUACGACUUGUUCGCGGAAGAUGGAAGCGGUGGCAUGUUGGAAAACCUGCCCGAGUUGGGCUCAGUGCACCUCGAUCCUGCGGUGACUGGUGACCGAAAUGCGCCUACAGCCUACUCGCAGCCAACGUACUCGCAGGAAACUCCCCUACAAAAAUUGGCAACGUUCGGUUCGAGCAGCACCACAUUCUCCCACAUGGAUCCGAAUACUCAGCAGAGCGUCUACGCUCAAGGUUAUGGCGCAGGAGGCGAUGGACGCCCUCCUAUGGGACCGCCGGGCGGCUCCUACGGCCAUCCCAGGCAGGUGCCACGCCCUCCAGUCGCGCCCCCUGGCCCCAACCAGUACCCCUAUCAGGCCACGGCCGACACGAUGUACUCGAUGUCCGACAUACAAGUCGGCCCAAUGAACGAUGCAAAUGCCAUGCAAGCAGGCUGGGGCCAGCAUGCAGCUGCCGGCUAUCCAGCUAUGCACAGAUACCCCCAAAUGACCCAAUAUAGGCAGCAGCCAAUGACCGGCUACCCGCACCAGCAGGAGCAGAAGCAGCAGUUCCCCACCAGCCAGCACCCCAUGAUGCAGCAGAGCCACCAGGCCCCCUAUCAGCUGGCCCAAAGACACACCCCGCACGGCUACCCGCAAGCGCCCACCUAUCCCAGCACGCCGCCCAACCAGGCGUACGGCGGCUACGUGCACCAGCGCAUGCCACAUCAUCACCAAUACCCUCAAGCCCACCACCAGAUCGAGCUUCAAAACCAACAAUACGCGCAGAUGGGCCACACUCAGCCACUACCGCAUUCAGUGCCCACUCCCGGCCACCUGAAUCAGCCCCACCAACAGCAACAGCAGCAGCAGCAACAACAGCAACAGCCGCCGCCGCCCCAAAACCCAAUAGCGCACCCUGGCGGCAUGGUUAACUAUAACCAGAGCCACCAGCAGGCGCUGCAGCCGCUGCAACGGCCCGUGGUGGACAUGCAGGCCAGUGCGCAGCAGCAGUUCGCUGCUAAGCACCAAGUGGGCAACUCCAGUCCACAGUAUAGGGCGCCGUUUCCUCAACUGUCGCCCCAGAUGUCGCCUCGCCCUCAAAUGUCCCCCAGACCGCAGGCGCCGCAAGUGUCCCCCCGGCCGGUGAUGUCGCCCGCCAAGCCCAACAUGUCGCCACAUCAGCAACACGCCCAGAUGCAGCAACAGGCCAUGAGUCCGCGCCCUGCAGCUAAUUUGCCGCCCAAGAGCGCCAGCUACUCGCAGCAAAGCACGCUGCAGGCCUUGGAGCAAAUGGUGAUGCCGCCCCAAAGCGGCAUGGCGGAGUACCCGGCCUAUCAAUCGCGCAACACCUUGGGGCUGCCCCAAUCGCCCUCCCUGAACAACGUGAUGCGCAACCAGAUGAGCGAGCAAUGGCCGCCGCCGCAGAGCCCAAGGCAGGUGCAGGCGCAGCCCCAUCUGACCAAUCUGAACGGCAUGAACAGCCUGAUGGAGCAGCAAGUGACCAAUCAGCAAGGCAUUCCGGCCACUCAGUCGCUGAUGCCUACGCAAUUGCCGGCGGCCACCUCUAGCAUACCCGCCACGCCUGCCUCGAUGUAUGAGGAGCGAGCUGGAGUAUUGGGGGAAAAACUCGAGGAUCAUGCGAGAAUCCCGUCGCCGGUUCGGGAGACCAAAGAGUUGGAGCCCAGUCCAAUCAGACACGAGUUUGCGCCGGUGCAAUCGCCCAACAUUCCCAGCAGCACCACCAAUUUGGAGCCUAGUAUGGCUAGUUUGGGGCCUACGGGGCUUUCGCAUCCGUCCACGCCCACCCCCACCUCUACAACUGACGACAACGCUGCAAACAUGCAGGAAAAUACCAGCAGUCUGACUGUACUCGGGGACGCCCCGAGUGAGAACAACGUGACGAUCAGCACGUCCAAUGCGGGCAGCCGCCUUUACGACUCAGUAAGCGGGUUUGGGCGGGUCAACACCCCCACCUAUUCCAGCCAGACCAGCCCCAAGGGGUAUAAAAUCGAAGAUCUGGCGCAACCCAGCGUUUUCACUUACAACCAGGAAAAUUCGUUGUCCCAGGAAAGCGUGCCCGAGUCGAUCAAGUCCUCGGACAGCGUUGCCCCGUCUCCGACCUUUCAAAAUCAGGGCUAUUCGCUGCCAAAGCACGAAAGCACUGAACCACCGCCACCCAUUAAACCUCAACCGACUGCUGUGGAGGAGAGUUCGCCUGCUUCCCCCACUCAGUCACACCAAAACGUCAGCAGCAACAUGCUCAGCCCGAUGGCCGAGCCGGUUCAAGCCACCAGCCCCUUGCCAGAGCACCCCAUGCAAGAGCAGCACUCCAUUUCGAGCCUGAUUAACCAAAACAGCCAAUCGCAGGACUCUGGGACGGCUGUAGCGGCGCCAACUAUACCCGAUGUGCCUGCGCCGCCUCCCAUCAACAGCCAGCCGGCCCCCCACCCUAUCAUGGGAAUGAACGCGCCAACCAAUCUGCAUCCGCAACCAGUCCCAACUAACAUCCCCAUUGGCUACGACACCAACCCUAUGGGGAUUAUGGGCUCGAUGGCGCGGCCAUUGCCUCAAGGUCUGGGGCAUCCGAUGCUCCCUACCAACCUCGGCCACUUGCCAAUGGAGUACCAGCCACCCAUCAGCCACCAGCAGGAGCGCGCCGCCUUGCAGCAGCAGCUGCAAGAGCUCUAUUGCAUGCCUCCAGCCCCCGAGCUGCAGGAAAAAAUCAUCAACCUGCAGGAGAAGUUGAACAUCCUCAGCCAGCACGAGGCGACGGAGCAGUGCAAUGGCGGCUCACAGUGCAUUCUUCAAAAUCCCAUGUUUAUAUCGCCUAUGAUCGACAGUCCUCAGGUGACCAGCACGACUGGCAGAGGAAGAAGCAAGGGAGCAAACAAGCCUAGGAAGCCCCGCUCGAAAAAAGCAGAGAAAAACGCCGAAUCCAUCCAGAGCUUGCCGGUCUCCGAGGAUUUCGUCACGCCAGGCGCUGGCUUAAACUUGCCGUCGAGCGAAACGUGCGAGUUCAUGGACUUUGCCUUGGAACAAAGUGCCGAGGAGAAAAAGCGGGGUCGAAAGCCUAAAGAUCCGAAAAAACCGCCCAAAACUCCCAAAGAACCCAAACCACCGAAGGAGCGCAAGAAGUCCCUCAAGGACACGCCCGACCAGACAAAGCUCAAGCGCAAGUACGUGCGGAAGAAGAAAUCGGGCGAAGACGCCGAUGAAGCGUCCGAAGAUCCCGACCAGUUUACUCCAGAAAAACAAUGCUCAUCUGAAGAAGCUGAAGCCAAGGCCGAGACUUCUGAGGAACCGGAGUCUUCUCAAGAAAUCCUCAAAAGCACCGACUCAAAAGAGAACGACGAGCCGCAAGAAAUGCAGGCGGAUUCGCAAACUCCAGCCGAUGGUCCGCUUCCAGAGUCAAGUGACGAGGCCAAGAAGGACGAGUAUGCCUUCGACGAGUCCCAAAUGGACGAAGAAAUUGGGGAGAUGCCGAAGAGGGCCAAAAAAGCGCGCAGCGCCCCUAAGAAAUCCUCGUCGGGGUCAAAGUCGCGGGCCAAAUCCGGAUCAAAACGCAGCCGCAAGAAGGGCCCGAUGGAAUCCGAUGGGGAGGGCGAGGACUUUAUCGCCACUCCGCCACCUUCUCCUCCGGAGGAUGACAACUCUAGUAAAAGACGUUCGGCCCGGAACACCCAAAGAAAGAAAUACAUUGACGAUGUUAUGCUUCGAUUUUCUGACGAUGACGCCCCUCCGACGCCUCGCAGCCGCAAGCCUCUAGUGCCGGACAAACCGAUUCUUCCCAUGAUGGCCCAAGCCAUACCCUCCACUUCUUUGGCAUCACUCGAAACUGAAGAAGACGCUCUGGCUUUAGGCUCCAGCACCGAUCCAGGCAAGGGCAUGAACUACGUCUAUGUGAAUACGUCGGAUGACGAUAGCAUGGUGGUGCAAUACGUGCUCUCUUCCAGAAUGUCCACGCGAGACGUAAAAGUUCCGCCUCAACCAGAAGGGGAAGAUGAGGAAAAAACCAGCAUCCAAGUGGAGGGGGUUGAGGAAACGGACGACCUUAAGACGGAGAAGAUCGAGCCGAAGCCGCAGGGCGAAGAGCCGACAGAAACUGUGGAGGUGGAGGAAUACUAUGUGAAAUACCGCAACUUUUCCUAUUUGCAUUGCGAAUGGAAGACCGAGGACGAGCUAUUCAAGGGCGAUAAACGUAUAGCGAAUAAGAUCAAGCGCUUCAAGCAAAAGCAGUCGCAGUUACUGAACAUUUUUGAGACGCUAGACGAAGAGUCUUUCAACCCGGACUAUGUGGAAGUGGAUCGCGUAUUGGAUGAGUCAUCGCACAUCGACCCAGCCACCAACGAAACUGUGCGGCAUUAUUUAGUCAAGUGGCGCUCUCUGCAGUACGAAGACUGCACUUGGGAACUAGAGGAGGACGUGGAUCCGAUUAAAAUCGUGCAAUAUGAAAAAUUCUCCAAGUUGCCCCCAAAGGACAAGUGGAAGGCCAAGAAAAGACCCAGCCCAGAGGGCUGGAUGAAACUCGACGAAUCACCGAUCUACAAGGGAGGCAACAGUCUGCGCGAAUACCAACUGGAGGGCCUCAACUGGCUGCUCUUCUCAUGGUUUAAUGGACGCAAUUGCAUUUUAGCUGAUGAAAUGGGACUGGGAAAGACCAUUCAGAGCCUCACAUUUAUUCACGCGGUGUGGGAGUAUGGCAUCAGAGGCCCAUUCCUCGUCAUCGCCCCUCUAUCCACAAUCCCUAACUGGCAAAGGGAAAUUGAAAGCUGGACCGAUCUGAAUGUUAUCGUGUACCACGGAUCGGCAACCAGCAGGAACAUGAUCCAGGAAUAUGAGAUGUACUACAAAAGCGACAAGGGACAGCACAUUAAAGAUCUUACAAAGUUCAACAUUCUCAUCACCACAUUUGAGAUUAUUGUCACCGACUUUGCCGACUUAAAGAGCUUCAAUUGGAGACUCUGCGUCAUUGAUGAGGCCCACAGACUGAAGAACCGCAACUGCAAGCUAUUGGAAGGCCUGCGCCAGCUCACUCUCGAGCAUCGCGUUCUCCUAUCAGGCACCCCCUUGCAGAACAACGUGAACGAGUUGUUUUCCUUGCUCAACUUUCUGGAACCGACUCAGUUCACCAAAUCGGAGGCAUUUUUAAAGGAGUUCGGCUCAUUGAAGACUGAGCAAGAAGUGCACAAGCUGCAAUGCCUACUGAAGCCGAUGAUGCUUCGUCGACUGAAAGAAGACGUAGAAAAAUCGCUGGCGCCAAAAGAAGAGACUGUAGUGGAAGUGGAGCUGACCAACAUACAGAAAAAGUACUAUAGAGGAAUUCUGGAGCGCAAUUUUUCGUUCCUAACCAAAGGCACAACCUACUCCAACAUCCCUAACUUGAUGAACACCAUGAUGGAGUUGCGCAAAUGCUGCAUUCACCCCUACCUGUUAAAUGGGGCUGAGGAUCAGAUUCAGUACGACUUCAAGCAGCAGAACGGCGAAGACCCCGACGCCUACUACAAAGCCCUCAUCCAUUCCAGCGGAAAAAUGGUCUUGAUCGACAAACUUUUGCCCAAGCUCAAAGCCAACGGCCACCGAGUGCUCGUAUUUAGUCAAAUGGUUAAAUGUCUGGACAUCCUGGAAGACUACCUGAUGUACCGAAAAUAUCCCUACGAGCGAAUCGACGGAAGAAUUAGAGGAAACCUUCGACAGGCGGCCAUUGACCGAUUUUCCAAACCCGACUCCGAUCGAUUCGUCUUUUUGCUCUGCACCAAAGCGGGAGGCCUUGGCAUUAAUCUCACCGCGGCCGACACAGUCAUCAUAUACGACAGCGACUGGAAUCCGCAGAACGAUCUGCAAGCCCAGGCUAGAUGCCAUCGAAUCGGGCAGCAAAAAAUGGUGAAAAUCUACCGACUACUUUGCAGGAAUACCUACGAGCGGGAAAUGUUCGACAAAGCCUCGCUGAAGCUGGGCCUGGAUAAAGCCAUUUUGCAAAGCAUGAAUACGGUGCAAGGAGAAAAGGGCUCCGGGCAUCGGCAACUGAGCAAAAAGGAGAUCGAAGAUCUCCUGAAAAAGGGCGCGUACGGCGCCCUAUUGGAUGAAGAAAACGACGGCGACAAAUUCUGCGAAGAAGACAUCGACGUUAUCCUAGCUAGGCGCACUCAAGUGAUCACCAUGGAGUCGGAGAAAGGCUCCACGUUCUCCAAGGCUAGUUUUGCAUCCAGCGCCAGCCGCUCCGAUAUAGACCUCGACGAUCCGGACUUCUGGAGCAAAUGGGCAAAACGGGCCGACAUCGACACAACGGAAAAAGACGAAACGGAAGAUCUGGUUAUGUCAGAGCCGAGACGACGCACACAAAUCAAACGCUACGGCCAUGAUGAGAGUGCCUUGGACAUGUCCGAGUUGGAAAGCUCUUCUGAUUCCGAUCCAGAAAACGACCCAACUGGCCUGAGAGGCAACAGACGCAACAAGCUGAAGAAGAAGAAACUAAGAGGUGACGAUUACUAUCCCAGGGAGGGAGAAAAAGGGGAGAUGGUCUAUGGAAGUUGGUCGCGUAGGGAAUGUUUCAUGGUGGAGCGGGGAUUGCUCACUUUCGGAUGGGGCCGUUGGCUGGAGAUUCUGCAGAAUUCCCAACUACGACGCGGCUGGAGAGAACCAGACAUUGAGGACUGUGCCCGCGUCAUUCUGUUGUUCUGCCUGCGUUUCUAUCGAGGAGACGAGAAAAUCCGCAACUUUAUCUGGGACUUGAUCGCGCCGUCCGAGGGAGGCGAGCAGAAAAUAUCGCGAAACCAUCAAGGCUUGAAGGACCCGGUGCCCAGGGGAAUACGGAACAAGCACAAGAAGAAACCCAGCAAGGACACCAGGCAUGCUGCCUUAACCGAUCCCAACCAUUGGAGCAAGGACGAGAAGUACGAUGGGGACAUUUUCCUGGAGAACAACUACAAGAAGCAUCUCGGCCGGCAUGCUAAUAAAGUCCUACUUCGCGUGCGAAUGCUGUACUACAUCAAGCACGAGAUUAUCGGGGAUUUGGUGCAACAUAUUACCGAUGGGGUGCAAGCUAGUGCCCUGCCGAUAUUCCCCCCGGUUACGGAGCAAUUGCCUGCCGUGUGGUGGGACUCUGAGUUCGACAAGUCGUUGCUGAUCGGGACGUGGAAACAUGGCUACGAGAAUUACACAGCGAUGCGUCAAGAUCCCGCCUUGUGUUUCCUGUCCCGAUGUGGGCCUCCCUCAGACCGGGAGAUCCAGAUGCACAACGCUUCAAACAUGCAACCGGCCACGCCCCUUCAACUGCCUAACAAUGAGGACGACAUAGACGACGAGGACACCAAUGAGGAGUCCAGUCUUAAGUCGCGCAAUCGCGACAAUUCGGAGGUAAAUUCGGAAAUCGCGGAACCUUCCCCAGGCCCGUCCGCUUGCUCGGAGAGCCAGCAGUUGGAGGGCGACGACAUUAAGGAAGAUGCAAACGAAGACAAGACUUGGCCGACUAUGACCGAUUUGAACACGAGACUUCGCCGCGUUAUCACCUCCUAUCAGCGCAACUACCGCAAGGAGGAACAGAAGCUGCAGGCCACAAAGGCCAAGCAGCAGCAACAGCAACAGUCCGCACUGGACGCUUCGGCCUUAUCCUCCCCAUUGGCAGCGCUAGCGCAAGUUACUCAGCAGUUCGACUCCAGAGACGCGGCAGCCUCCAUGGGUCUGCAAGGCUGGGACUUGCAGCAGUUAGCGCUCUAUCUCCUGAAGAUGGAGCGACAGGGUAAGCAAGCGUUGGAGCAGGCGCUGAAAGAGUCAGCAAAGGAGCGCGAGCGCCAAACCAUCUCGAAAAGAUGGACCAAGCGAGAGGAGGCGGAUUUCUUCCGCGUCGUUUCCUCAUACGGCGUCAUUUACCAUCGCAAGACCAAAAAGUACGACUGGUCAAAGUUCAAGCAAUCGGCCAAGCUGGAGAAAAAGCCGGACGAAGAACUGACCGAAUACUACAAGCAUUUCGUGAUCAUGUGCAAGAAACAGACGGGGAUUCACAUGGACGAUGGCAGCUACGAUUCGACCAUUGAGCAUGUGAGCGAAGAAAAGGCGCGCCGAACUCUGGAGCGUUUGGAGCUGCUUUCUCGGAUCCGGGAGGAGAUUUUGACGCAUCCGAAGCUGGACGAGAGACUCCAAGUGUGCGUCACUUCGGCCGACAUGCCUGAUUGGUGGAUCGCCGGCAAACACGACAAAGAGCUGCUGAUUGGUGUCGGCAAAUAUGGCCUUGGAAAAACUGACCACUGCCUUCUAAACGAUCCGGAGUUUUCCUUCCACGACGUGCUGCGCAAGAAAGUAACAUCGGAUUCGCAAGACGUGAAAGGCGCCAUCAAGCUGGAAAGCCACGAGGACAUUCUGAAGUUCGACCGCGAUGAGAUUCUGGUUAAACUGGAAAAAGGCGAGGGAACGCUGAAAAUUGAAAAAGUGAUGCAGAAGAAAGAAAGCGUGCCCGAGGAGAAGAAAUCGCCGCCUCCACCCAGCGAGGAAGCAAGCGAAAAGGUUGAGGAAAAAGCCCCUGACGCGGUGGAGGAGGUGGCAAAGAGCCCCCCAAGCGAAACCGUGGAAGAAGCUGUUGCAGCGGAAGUGGAGGCACCGGUGGAGGAGCCGAAGACCGCCAGUGAACCAGCCGCGGAGCCCGAGGCGCCAGCCAGUGAUGAAAAAGAGGAGAAAGAACCUCCAAAGGACCCAGAGGAGGAAAAGGAGAAGGAGGAGGUCGUGGAAAAAGUGGAAAGAGUAGAAGAGCCACCGAAGGACCCGAAACCAACCGAAGAGGAAAUAUCAGCGAACGACUUAUGCUCCAAGCAAGCGGCGGAGCUUAAAGCAAUGUUCCCGGACUUGGAGGUGAUCCAACCGCUUUCUCGACUAUCUCAAGUGGACACUUUCGUGCUAAAAGAUAAACCGACGCCGACUGGCGCGCUGGAUUUCAGCGAAACCACAGUGGCGCAGCUCUUCAACAACGUCGUAAAGUGGCCGAAGGAAUACGCCAUCCAAGUGCGUCUGCAGCACAUCAUCUACGCGGUGGAGACUAAUGAGUGGCCGGCUCCCAAAAGCUUCUCGGCCUACGCCACUGGAAUCGGCAACGAGUUCGACAUCCCCAUUCACGAGCUGCCAAACGACCCUCCAAAACGCGAAGCCUCCACCCCAGAUAUAGACAUUAGCUUGGGCAAACGACUGGCCGAUAAGCGAAAAAGGCACAUUGCUAUAGACGUGGAGACUGAGCGAGCCAAACUUCAUGCGUUGCUCAACAGCAGUCAUACGGCGACCUCAAAGUCGCAAUGGGAUGAUGAUUCGGAGGAUUCCCGCAGAUCGACGCCCCAAGGGGCGCUGCAGCCUCCUCCCGCUCAUCAGCAUCGCACUUCCACCCUGAAUAUGGGGAUGAGUUCGAUGCCAUUUGAUUUCACCAGCAAAUAUCAGCAGAGUUUGACCACAAAGACCAUCGGUCAGACCACUGUGAUACCGGGGACGAGCAGUACUUUAACGCCAAUUGAUCUCAGCUCUGGAAUGACGAAAAUACCCGACAAGUUAUCAAUCGACAUCCAGAACGAAGUACAAGACUUUUCCAUCAAAAAAUCCUCAACAUCCAUCAGCAGUGUUGGUCCCUCUAAAGCAGGCACCAAGUUGGACGAUACUCUAUCAAAGCUGAUGAAACGAAAGAACUGCCCGGAACCAGAACCACUAGUGGGCAAAGAGAAGAAACGCCGCAAGUUGGACGAGAUCGUACUGGGGCUUUCAGCCGCUAAAGAACAGUCUCUUUACCCGGAGUCUACUAAAAAGCCCACAGUCACGCCGAGUGUCACGGUCACACCAACCACAGCCCCAAUUUCCUCCUCGCACAGCCCUACGCAGAAACCGUUCACGAUUACCGUAACUUCGGUACCGUCAGUUUCGCAGGGAUCGAGCAGAAACAACCCGAUGUCUGGCAUGAUGGCGGGCCUGUCUUCUAAGGACAGCCUGUCCAACUUCUUGGCGCAAGCUGAACAGCAGCAACAGAACAUCAUGCUGAAGAAGCAACAGCAGCAACAGCGGAAGAGUUACGAGGCAAUGAUUGCUGAUAUCGGUUCCAAAGUGAACACCUACUCGCAUGAGGCGAAAGUAAACAAAUGGCUGGCCGAACAGAAUAUGGCCCUAGCCGAGCAGCCGUUAGGUGCCGACUAUUUGUCGACCAGAAGACGAAGACCUCGAGUAGAUCCGACGUUGUUAGAUUGGAAGAAACUGACUGGCGAUGAGAACGUGUCUGUCAUCAACCGGGUAACCGGGAAGAAAUUGACUGGGCCGAAGGCCCCAACUCUAAAGCGACUGGGCCAAUGGCUGAUGGAGAACCAGAUGUAUGACAUCGACCCCAAAUGGUCCGAGCUGGUCAAAGAACGCGGCAAUUUGGGCUCGGAUCUCCACAAGAGGAUGUCUGGGCAAAUGUCCAACAUGAGCGGCAUGUCUGGAAGUGGCAAACAGAAAUCCAGCAGUUCUGGACGGCCACCCUUACUGUCCAGUCCUACUGGGUCCACAUCAAGCGUCAGUUCAGCCAAUGUGCCUACGUCGAUGUCUGCGAGCAUGUCUUUUCCUUCACUAGCCGGCACUGGAUUGGCCAAUUUAAACACAUCCUUGCUGUCAGGCUUGUCCAAUCUGGGUCAGUUCGAUCCCAAGACCAAUCCCUUGCUAAUGCCCUUCGCCGGCUUGCCAAUGGGAUCAAUGGGCGGACUAGGGAAUCUGUCCAAUAUGAAUUUGUUCGCCAAUCUGGCUGGCUUGGGAUUGCCGGGCUUGGGCGGAAUGGAUCCGUCGGUCUUAGCCAGCGCUACAGCUGCCGCAUCAUCGAGCAGUAAGGGCUCAAACAGCAAAUCCAACGCAGGCAAUUCGAGCUCCAAGCAUGAUAAGCCGCAGGAGGCGCACAGCUCGAACAAAAACCAAUCGUCUUCCGGCUUACCGACAUCGAACGCAUUCCCGUUCUUCUUCCCCAAUCCGAGCCUACUUUACACGCCAUUGGGACUGGGCGGACUCAAUCCCUUCGCCCUGCAACCAGGCGUUUCCGGCUACGAUAGUUUGGGCCUGCUGAACGGCAGUCUGGCUUCUGCGGCUUCGCAAGGCUCCAAAAUGAAGUCGAACUCACGCUCCUCCGCUGUUACCACAACGUCUUCGGCUGGCAUGACGAUCAGCAGCGCUGUGAAACACCCCAGCCGACCAUCGAGUAAAGACUCGCACAUUCAGCAGCUGUUGCUGCCGCCAGACACGCAGAUUUUGGAAGGAAUAUCCAAGCUGGCCUCGGGCUCGUUCGAUGGCAGCAUGAAGAUGGGCAAAGCGGACAAGAAGGAGGACAAACGCAAAGCGCUGGAGAGCUUAAGAGGAAUGCUGCCCUCGGACUUUUCGCAGAUGUCCAAAGACAAACGCGCCCCAACGCUUCCGGGACUGGCCGAUUUCACCAAGCUUUUGGAGGCGCAAGUUACGCAAUCGAAGAAAAGCCAUGAGCACCAGAUGAAGGAGGCCCUCGAGCAGCUGAACAAAACCAAUGCGGAUCUGGUAGCGAAGGCUCUGGCUGAAGAACAGGCGCGCUUCAACAUGUCUUCGAGCAAACGCUCGCGGGACACUGGAGAACUGGCGGUGCCUGAGAAGUUUGUCCCAGAAGAGGAGCCGCCUGCUAGUAAAAAGGCGAAGAAUUCUUCGCCGCAACCGGAACGGGAACCGACGCCACAACCGGCCGCUGCGGCGCCGCCCCCGACUCCUGCAGCUAACACCGCAACCGAAGGCGUAAGUUUAUGGUGUAAACCAACCCAUACGAAAAAUGGAUAGUUUUGCUUUGAAUCCGUAUUUUCCCCGGGACUUUGAAACUUGACUGGGUUUAACCGUUACCACCGAAAUCAAGAAGGCCCACUGGCUGAAUUGUGACGUCACUGAAAGUAGUCCGACCAGGCAUAACGCGUAGCGUAGUAUAUGAUGGAUCAACUGUACGAAUAUGAAUGUUUUAGACAAAAAUAAUGUCUUCAGGAUUUAAUAUGCUUUUUACAUUGUUUGAUUUAAACGAUUAGCCUUUCUAUUCCUAAAAAAUGGACGUAGUUAACUAGCCACAGAUAUUUUAAUUUCAGUUAUAGCUUAAAAUUCCAUGUUUCCGAAGCGUUCUAAUUGUUUUAAAUAGUGAAGAAUACAAUUGCUAAUAAUCUA